AAAGAAUGACGAACAUAAAAUCGUGAAUGAAAAAGCGUUAGGCAAAUGAUCUACUCUGUUAUGUUAGAAGGCGCAAAAUCAAUAGGUGCCGGAGCCGCUACAAUUGCUUCAGCGGGAGCUGCUAUCGGUAUUGGAAACGUUUUUAGUUCCUUGAUCCAUUCCGUGGCGCGAAAUCCGUCAUUGGCGAAACAAUUAUUUGGUUAUGCUAUUUUGGGCUUUGCUCUAACCGAAGCUAUCGCAUUGUUUGCCCUAAUGAUUUCCUUUUUUAUUUCAUUCGUAUUCCGAUUCCGGCUUUCUUUUUUUCAUUUUUGUUUUAAAAAGAGAGGGGCCAAAGUAAGACAGUGA